GGACAUAACCUUAAAAAUAUUCAAAGAUAUUUUUUCCUUGAUUUCUGUAAUUUAACUUCCUGUAAAGUGAUUAUUCAUACGUAAAAUAAUUAUUGACUAUGCUAUAAACGAAAGGCGUCAAGUUCGCAUAAUAUAAAUCCGUUAAUAUAUUUAUCUUGAAAUGCCUGAAUGCAAUAGAAAUGAAGAGAUGUACCGAAACAGAAUUAUCUUGGCCCCCAUGGUACGAGUGGGUACUCUUCCAAUGAGAAUUUUGUCUUUGAGAUAUGGAGCAGACCUUGUGUAUACCGAAGAGUUGAUCGACUGGAAGUUUUUGAAAUCAGUUCGAGUAGAAAACCAGAUAUUACAAACUGUUGAUUUCAUCGACCCAACGGAUGGAACAAUCAUCUUCAGAACAUGUAAUACAGAGAAAAAAAAAGUUAUUGUGCAGCUAGGCACUUGCGACCCAGAACGAGCACUCAAAGUUGCCAAGAUGAUUGAAAAUGAUGUUGCAGGAAUUGACAUUAACAUGGGAUGCCCCAAAGAGUUUUCAUUAAAAGGAGGAAUGGGUGCAGCCCUCUUAACACAGCCUGAAAGAGCCAAAAAUAUUUUAAAAACAUUGGUUGAUAAUGUUUCCAUUCCAAUUACUUGCAAAAUAAGAGUUUUUGAAAGUGUCGAAGAAACUGUGAAGUUAGUUAAUGAACUGGUUUCUACUGGAAUUUCUGCUAUAGCUAUUCAUGGGAGGACAAAGACUGAAAGACCUCAACAUUUUAAUAGAAAUGAAACGAUUAAAAUAAUCGCACAAAGGGUGAACAUUCCUGUGAUAGCCAAUGGGGGCUCUAGAGAAAUAGAAAAAUAUGAAGAUAUUCAUAAAUUUAAGGAGGCAUGUGGAGUAUCUAGUGUAAUGAUAGCAAGGGCAGCUGAAGGUAAUUGUUCAAUAUUCAGCAAAGAGGGCAAAAAACCACUUGAUGAUGUUAUCAUUGAGUACCUGAGAUUAUGUAUAGAAUAUGACAAUUCCCCAAGUAAUACAAAGUACUGUGUCCAAAAUAUGUUGAAGGAAUUACAAGAGACUCCCAGGGGAAAGAAAUUUUUAGAGUGUCAGACUCUAGAACAAAUUUGUGCUAUUUGGGAUCUAGGUGGUUAUUGUCGCAAAAAACAAUUAGAAUUCCAGAAUAAGGGGAUGAUUGGCAGGAGAGAAGUUUGUCCAGAUAUGUUUUCCCCUGCUAGGAAAAAAAUUAAGACUUCAUGUGAUGAUAUCACAGAACAUAAAUGUGCAUUCAUUAGAGUAAAUUAUUCGAGUGAUCCAGAAUUACCUAAAUCAAAAUUAAUUGCGCACUGUAAUAAACUUAAAGUGAAACUACCUAAAUAUGAAACGAUUAGCAAAGAUAAACUAUUUCGGUCAAUUGUCACAUUCCAAGGAAAAAAAUAUUCCUCAAAUUACUGGGAAAAGAAUAAACGUUUCGCGGAACAAGGGGCAGCAUUGGCGUGUAUUUACUCGAUAGGUCUAGUUGAUAAAAAAGAAUUGGUAGAAAAUGGGAGUAUCUUAGAAUGAAAAUUGUAUGAGGAAACAAAUCAUUGGCUUAUAUACUACCACGAAUUUUGCUGGAGCAUCUGGACAUUGGAGGAGGACGAAA